UGUACUGUAUUGUGUCCGCUAAAGAUGGCGUUGAGUAAAACAUUCGGCCAAAAGCCGAUAAAAUUUCAACUCGAAGAAGAUGGCGAUUUUUACAUGAUAGGUUCAGAGGUUGGAAAUUAUCUGCGUAUGUUCAGAGGAUCGCUGUACAAAAGAUACCCGUCAUUGUGGCGCCGACUCGCUUCAGUAGAGGAGAGGAAAAAGAUUGCAGCAUCGUCACACGAUCAUGGUUACACAACUUUAGCCACCAGUGUGACUCUGCUGAAGGCGUCUGAGUGUGAAGAGAUCUUCGAGGGCAACGAUGAGAAGUACAAGGCAGUGUCCAUCAGCACAGAACCUCCAGCCUACCUCAGGGAGCAGAAGGCCAAGAGAAACAGUCAGUGGGUCCCCACACUCCCCAACAGUUCCCACCACCUGGACGCUGUGCCUUGCUCCACCACGAUCAACCGAAACCGUAUGGGACGUGACAAGAAAAGGACCUUCCCUCUGUGCUUUGAUGACCACGACCCAGCAGUGAUCCAUGAAAAUGCCUCACAGGCAGAGGUUCUGGUUCCAAUCCGAUUGGAUAUGGAGAUCGACGGCCAGAAGCUCAGAGACGCCUUCACCUGGAAUAUGAACGAGAAGCUGAUGACACCAGAGAUGUUUGCAGAGAUACUGUGUGACGAUUUGGACCUGAACCCCCUGACCUUCGUCCCAGCCAUCGCCUCCGCCAUCCGGCAGCAGAUAGAGUCCUACCCUACCGACAGCAUCCUGGACGAACAGACCGAUCAGAGAGUCAUCAUCAAGCUGAACAUCCACGUGGGAAACAUUUCCUUGGUGGACCAGUUUGAGUGGGACAUGUCCGAGAAGGAGAACUCUCCAGAAACGUUUGCGCUGAAGCUGUGCUCUGAGCUCGGCCUCGGAGGAGAGUUCGUCACCACCAUCGCCUACAGCAUCCGCGGCCAGCUCAGCUGGCAUCAGAGGACGUACGCCUUCAGGUCUGAUUUCAGGUCAAUAUACUUCAAAAUUUCUUGAACUUCUCUCCCUCCUUACCCCCACGUUUACCCCCACUUCCACCUUCAUGCCCUGGGAAGCUGAGUACCCUCAUCUCUUCUUUUUUUGACUUUGAACUUUUACAGGGCUCGUUCCUAAAGGUUUUUCUAUGCAACGAGCGUACAGUAAAUUGCUUUUUAGCAGGACACCAGUGCAAAAUGGUGGAUCUUUUUUUUUAUAGCUAAUGAUAAGAUAUAUAUAUAUAUAUAUAUAGUUAAUUUAUUUGAAAUAGACUAACACACAGAGGUUUGGUUGAGCAAGUCAUAUCUCCACUGCAUGUGCUAAAGUUAAUGAAAUAUUUUAGUUUAUUGCUAUUUUCUGCAUGACCCGUGAAAUUAUGAUGAUGUACAUAGCAAGUAGAGAUUGAAUAAGUAAUAAUAAUUAUUAAUGAUAAUAAUUUAAAGGCAUCUCUGCAGAUAUCCAUCACCACUAUGCCUUAAGGGUGACCAGUGGAAAUAUCAUUUCCUCCAACAUGCACUCAUGAACUAAUACGUCUGUAGCGACUUGCCGUGACCGCUUUGUGGU